AUUUUAAAAAGUGCGCUCACAGAUCUAGGAAAAUAGAUCAGCUGUAAGAACUUUUACGACUUUUUAGUGAAAUGUGUGCUAAUUUCAAGAGUUAAGUAUGUUAAUACGGAUAUAAAAGACCAGCCAGAAAGAAAUUUCAAUAAAAACAAAAAUUAAUGCAAAAUAAACCGCAAAGCAAGUGUAAAAAAUUCAACAAAUAAAAGCGGAAGUGUGACAAAUAAAUUUAAACAGGAAAUUUUUUGUAUCGAAAACUCAUUAAUUUCCACGAAAAUAAUAAAUAUUGUGUAACUACAAUCACUAAAACAAAACAAACAAAAAACAGUAUUUAGAGAACAAUAAGAAACAAAUUGCAACUUUAAAUAUGACGCAGCAGCAACCAGCCUGGGGCAUAAGCCUCUCCAAAUAUUUUGUUAUACCUCAACGUGUGAUAUUGGCUAUAAUGGGUUUCUUGGCCAUUUUAAAUGCCUAUACAAUGCGUAUCAGUUUAUCGAUUGCUAUCACCGAAUUGGUAGUGAAGAAAAAUCAUUCAGAAAGUGGAGAUACGGCAGUUUGUCCUGCUGACGAUUUGGAUUCAAAUUCAUCGAGCGGCGGUACCUUUGAAUGGUCCGAAGAAUUACAGGGUUUAAUUUUGUCAUCGUUUUACAUUGGCUACAUUGUUACCCACAUACCUGGAGGUUUAUUGGCCGAGAAAUUCGGUGGUAAAUGGACUUUGGGUUUGGGUAUCUUGUCAACCGCCUUCUUCACACUUGUCACACCAAUUGCCAUUACUGAGGGUGGUUCAACGGCGCUGAUCAUUGUACGUAUAUUGAUGGGUUUGGGUGAAGGUACCACCUUCCCGGCCUUGAGUGUUUUACUGUCGCAAUGGGUGCCCAUUAAGGAACGCGGUAAAUUGGGUGCUCUCGUAUUGGGUGGUGGUCAAGUCGGUACCAUUUUGGGAAACUCGUUAUCAGGUGUUUUACUCGAUGUUUACGAUUGGCCAGUGGUAUUCUAUCUGUUCGGUGGUUUGGGUGUUGUGUGGUUCAUAUUUUUCUGCUUUUUGUGUUUUAGUGAUCCUGCUUCUCAUCCCUACAUCAAACCCAGCGAACGUGAUUAUUUAGAACGUGAAAUGGGUUCGAUUGUACGUAAUAACAAUUUGCCUCCCACGCCCUGGAAAGCCAUCCUAACUAGUAUGCCUAUGAUUGCCUUGGUUUGUGCUCAAAUAGGUCACGAUUGGGGUUUCUACAUCAUGGUUACCGAUUUGCCAAAAUACAUGUCGGAUGUCAUGCAAUUCUCCAUUAAGGCCAACGGUCUAUACUCAUCACUGCCUUAUGUCAUGAUGUGGAUUGUUUCUAUCUCGUCAGGUUUCAUUGGAGAUUGGUUGAUGACUAAAGGCAUUAUGAAUAUUACUAAUACGCGUAAAUUAAUGACUGGAAUUGCUGCCUUUGGCCCUGCUAUUUUCAUGGUAGCCGCUUCUUAUGCUGGAUGUGAUCGUGUUUCCGUUGUUGUUUUGUUCACAAUUUGCAUGGGUCUUAUGGGUGCUUUCUAUGCAGGUAUGAAAUUAAGUCCUCUCGAUAUGAGUCCCAAUUAUGCUGGUACCUUGAUGGCCAUUACGAACGGCAUUGGCGCCAUAACAGGAGUAAUUACCCCAUAUUUGGUGGGUGUAAUGACACCAAAUGCCACUUUACUGGAAUGGCGUUUGGUAUUCUGGGUCGCAUUUGCCGUCCUUGUUGUCACUGCCAUUAUCUACAGUAUUUGGGCCUCUGGUGAGGUUCAGCCCUACAACGAUCCUCAACCCAAAAGUAAGGACUUUGAAGCCGAAGAACGUGCCCAAAAUCAAAGAAAAGAGAAAAUUUAAGACUGUUCCACAGUAGAUCCAAACCAUUUAGUUUAAAUUAAGUUUCUUUUUUUUUCGAAAAAAUAACACUAAAAACUUUACGAUUUUUUUUGUAAAUAUCAGGUAAAACAGAAUUACUUUAUUAUUUGUAAAACGGUACCAAAUUUGUAUUUAAGAGAACGGGAUAAAAAAUGCAACAAAAUUAAGUAUGAAAACUAACAGUAAUUUUUACUGUAUUUCUGCUGGAGAUUUAAUUUAAAAACACUGCAACUAAAAUUUAGUAAAAACUAAAAAUAAGUUAAACAAAUACGAAACUUUUUAUUAUUUUUCUAUGUAAUGUUUCUUUUAGAAUUGUUGUCUAAAUAGUAUUUAAAUGUAUUAAUUAAUUCAUAAGUUUAAAUUAAGGAAAUUGAGUAGAAUAAAAAUAUGUAUUAAGACAAUGAUCUUAUGUAUGUGUAUAAGAGGAGCUCCAUAACAAAACGUAAUAAUUCCACUUAAAGAUUUUUUUGGAUAAAUUAUAGCUGCCAUAUUAGGCCCACUUCCGAAAAUCACGAAAAUAAAUUAUUGAAAUUUUUAAAGAAAAAUGUUGUUGCUCAUUUACUCAGUGUAGGGUAGUACAUUAUUUUGCUUGACCGAAAAUAGUUUCUUAUUUGAACCCGAUCAGAAUUAUUACAGUAAAAUUAUUGAACUUUGGAAUGGUUUUUAACAAUGGUUACACAUAUAUUUAAAUGCUUAGAAUUGGAUUCAGUAAAAAAAAACAAAAAACUUAAGAAGUGGAAUUAUUGCGUUUAGUUAUGGGUUUCCCGGAUAAUUUAAUUUCCCGGGAAACGGGAAUGAAAAAUUUAACUAGAAAAAUAAGUAAAAAUUUAAUAAAAUUGUGUCUUUUAUUUUAUAAAAAAAAGAAAAACAA